AGACUGGAUCGAAUGAGAAGAACACACUUUGGGGUUCUGGAAUCUGGGGGACUCGGAGAGAUCAAGAGUUAAGGUUUAAAAACUUUCAUUCGGCGGCAACCAUAUGUACGCAUUUGUUUUGAUGCGUUCUACGUAUGUUGAACAAAAUGACAUCACCUAUCAUAACGCCCGAAGCUCGCGUAUAAUUGAUAGCUUCUCAAAUCUCAUGACUGCGAUAUCUAAUCACUUGCCUCUAUAUAAGACGCGACUGGUCCAUGACCCUUUCGGGCUUGACCUUUUGUUAUCAUGCGUCAUUUACUCCAAAGAACCCAAGCAACACCAGACCCCCAAGCCGCUUCCCCCCUGUUCUCCAAAACCCCUCCCGAAAUCCGUAACAUCAUCUUCCGGCUUGCUCUACGUGGUUACCCCGACAGAGCUAGGGGAUACUACCCUGGAAAUACCUACUACUUUCGUCCGGGGUAUGAACACGACCGGCGCAUAGACACAGCGCUCCUCCUCACCUGUCGUCGCAUCUACGACGAGACCUACCUCUUGCCCGUUAUCGAGAACGAACAUGUGUUUUGGUGCUACCACGGUCCACCGGGGUCGAGCGCGGAGCCAGGCAGAUAUUUCUGCAAGAUGAACGAGAAGCAACAGGAUACUGUAGAUCGGGUGCACUUUUUUGCACAGCUGUAUUGGCUCGAGGCGACCUUCCCCCUGAGUUGUACGAUCCCCGAAAUGCGUCCCAGGAAGCUGAAGAUUACGAUCAGACAUUCGGAUUGGUGGUAUUGGGAGAAUAAUCACUUGUUGGUGUUGAGGGUGGCGUGGACAGAUAAGAUUAGGUUGGUGAAGCGCCUGGAAGAAUUGGAGAUUGAGCUGGAGACGAUUGAGAGGGAUAAGGACCAGAUGCUUGCUAUAGCUCAGAGGAUUCGCAGCUGGAAGAUAGACCUUUGGGAUGGGCGCGUGCUGAGCACCGAGGGACGUUCCCUUAUUCAUGAUCAAUGGACGGGAACGUCUACUUUUGAAGGAAAUCGUGCUUGGUAUGAUAGGGAAAAAAACGCUUGGACCAAUAGACCAGGGAUUGUCCGUCCUGUCGCUCCGUUAGUCUACCAUACGGUGACCCUCAGGUGGACUGCCGUAGUGAAAGUAUGAAGGUUGUAACUUGUCAUACUGUUGUCGCGUUCAGGACCAUAUCAGAUAUGUCAUUAGGAGCAGAAGAACCAGCGUGCAAUGCAUUGAGAACGUGUGGUAGUGGUUAUGAUUCAUUGAUAUACGCGCACACGCCUGCGAUAAGGAGACAAUGGUCUUUUGUACAUUACUACAGUACGCUUAUAUUGGGCAAAUCGAAGUUGUCGAAAUGCAUAGCCGCACCCCAGCGAUCAGUGGCUGUGCAAGUUCUUUCGCUGAUCCGUACCGCCACCACACUCCUUGACUCUCAUGUCUUUCUCACUUUGUUCGACAGAGGCAGUCCUCUCCAUUGAUAUCAACACCGGUCUCUCUCUGGUAUUCUCGGAUGCCGUAUCGAGUUAAUACAGAUACUUAUAGCGAACGUGCUACCUAGGUGCGAUGGCGAUGUGCCCUUUGCAACUGGGCGGGCGUUUGAUGUACUUUUUGACUCGUAUGGGGAUCCAUUGAGUUGCGAUGCUU